AUGAUGCAUUGCGUCAAAUGGGCAUAUUAUUUGAAGCUGACAAGUGAACUCUGUCUUGUUAGCAAACCUCAUUUGGAUGUUCAUACUCCUAGCUAAGUUGGCUAGCUAGCUAGAGUCUGUUCACUAACGUUAGCGCUUGCAAGCAAGAGACAGCUAUCAUGAGUUGGUUCAGCUCUACCCAGCUGUCAAGCUUUGCCAAACAAGCUUUGACAACAGCUCAGAAAUCCAUCGACCGAGUUCUUGACAUUAAAGAAGACGAAUGGGGUGACACAGUGGUAAUGCCUUAUGACGGUAGGUGAAGUAACACGGUAGGUGAAGGAACGUUAGCUAUUGUUAUAUCAUAUCUGUGUACUGCUGUCAGUGGUUGUUUUGUGAUUAAUAUUACACAACCAUUUGCGUUUGAGCAUUAUUUCUGAAUUUAUGUGAUUACCAAUGGAAUCGAAACUCUAGCUGUCCAUGAAGAGGUGUCUAAUUUACCCAAUAAAGCAAAUAUUUGAAAUGCUUUGGAGUCUGACUGUUACAUGCCCUUAUUUUCUGGCCAUUAACCAACAAGCUACAACCUGUUUUCCUGUUAGAUCUACCAGGGAAGACGCCAUUGAGCGGUGGAUGGGGGUUGACAAAAUUGGAAUCUCAGGAGGAGUGCGCAACAACUCUCCCCCUGUCAUCUGAGGCCAUCACGACCCCUGUCACCCGCACGGUUGUGGAUGAAACAGAAAACUUCUUCAGUGCUUUUCUGCCCCCAGGAAAACUCCAGGGUGUCAUGAAUAACCAGAUUGUGUCUGUGCCACCCACCAUGUCCCACAGGCGGCCACAGGAGAAGGAUGAGGAGGACAAGGAGACUGUGAUUAAGGACGACGUGGACCCUCAAAAGCCAGGGCUGAAUGAAACCGACAGACUGGAAGACCAGGAGUCCAAAAGUCUAUGGUCUUCCUCAGAAAUCGUCCUCAUUCAGACACCAGACCCUCCAGUACUGGCUCAGGGUGAUGCUCAUGAUGACACUGACAGUCCACUAAUCAGUGAGAGCUGGGUAGAAUCAACUGUAGAGGAUACAACUGCUGUUCCUGAGGAUGCACAAACAGAACACUCCCUCAGACACCCAACAUGAUGAUGUUGUUGACAUUUCUGAACCCCCCAUCAACACUGAACUGGAGCCCCCCUUCGACCCAUCUCCUACCACAGCCCCUAAGGAAAUCCUAUUGGAGCCCAAAGACCCCAAAGCGGAGGACAGGCAGAGCGAUGCACCCUCCCCUAAAUCAGAGGACAGACAGAGCAACACCCCCUCCCCUCCUGUCAGCACAUUCUCCUCAGGCACCUCCACCACUAGUGACAUAGAGGUUUUGGACCAUGAAAGUAUGCAGAGUGAGAGCUCGGCCAGUUCCAGGCAAGAGACUGCAGAGGCCAAGGCAGGCCUCCACCUGAUGCAGGGCUCCUUCCAGCUGCUCUCAGCCUCUGCCUGUGGGGACUUCUCCCGUCUGGAGGACUACCCCAAGCUGACCGAGAGCUGCGGAUCCUCCUCAGAUGCCUUUGAGCGCAUCGACUCGUUCAGCAUGCACUCUCUGGACAGCCGCAGUGUCAGCGAAGUCAACUCAGACGAUGAGAUCCCAGGGAGCCGGACGCUGGCAUCUGUCACCGCAGGGCACAUGCCCUCACCUCCUGUCAUAGUUGCAACCACCGCACAGGAACGGGAGGAGAAGGAGGGGCUAACAGAAACAAUGAAGGAUCAGUCUGUGGAUAAGAAUGAGAUGGAGGAGAGUGGUCGCAGUGCCACGCCUGUUAACAGCGAGAAGCCUGAGGAACAGCUGCCCCCACCAAUAACAGAGUAGAAAAGAGGAGUGUCAACUUGUCAGAUUCUAGAGCUUCAAAAGGUAACACACUGGUCCACAACAUGACCUUUGCAACUUGUAACACCACUUUUUAAGAACAGUGUGUGUUGUGUGAGUGUGCAUGGGUUUGUGACUUUAAAUACCAACUCAUGGAGAGCAGAAUCAUGGCACUGUUGGGCAAUCCUGUUCAUUUGCCAAAGUACAGUGCAUUCGGAAAGUAUUCAGACCUUUUUUCACAUUUCUUGUUACGUUACAGCCUUACUCUAAAAUGUAUUAAAUAAAAACAUUUCCUCAUCAAUCUAAACACACUACCCCAUAAUGACAAAGUGAAAACCAGGUUUUUAGACAUUUUUGCAAAUGUAUUAAAAACAGAAAUACCUUAUUUACGUAAGUAUUGACCCUCGAAAUUGAGCUCAGGUGCAUCCUGUUUCCAUUGAUCAUCCUUGAGAUGUUUCUACAACUUGAUUGGAGUCCACCUGUGGUAAAUUCAAUUGAUUGGAUAUGAUUUGGAAAGGCACACACCUGUCUAUAUAAGGUCCCACAUUUGACAGUGCAUGUCUGAUGAAGAACCCGAUGGUCACUCUAACAGAGCUCCAGAGUUCCUCUGUGGAGAUGGGAGAACCUUCCAGAAGGACAACCAUCUCUGCAGCACUCCACCAAUCAGGCCUUUAUGUAGAGUGGCCAGACGGAAGCCACUCCUCAGUAAAAGUUACAUGACAGCCCGCUUGGAGUUUUCCAAAAGGCACCUAUAGGACUCUCAGACCAUGAGGAAACAAGAUUAUGUAGUCUGAUGAAACCAAGAUUGAACUCUUUAGCCUGAAUGCCAAGCAGCACGUCUGGAGGUAACCUGGUACCAUCCCUACGGUGAAGCAUGGUGGUAGCAUCAUGCCAAGAAGACUUGAGGUGUUAAUCGCUGCCAAAUGUGCUUCAACAAAGUACUGAGUAAAGGGUCUGAAUACUUAUUUAAAUGUGAUUUCUGUUUUUUUAUUUUUAAUAUAUACAUUUCAAAACAGUUUUUUGCUUUGUCAUUAUGGGGUGAUGUGUGUAGAUUGAGAAAUCCAUUUUAGAAUAAGGCUUUAAUAUAACAAAGUGGAAAAAGUCAAGGGGUCUGAAUACUUUCCGAACGCACUGUAAAUGGUCCCCGUGGGGACGCUGCACUUAAAAAAGCACAAGAAAGAGGAUUUCGACACCCAUCUCAGAUUGUUCUGAAAUUGUUUCUGUUCGAAACGGAUAAGAUUGGCAUUCCUGCAACAUUAUUUUAUUGAAAUAUAAUUUGAUCUCUGAGAAAUUAAUCUAAUUCAAUAAAUAUAGUUUCUAACAUCCGAUUUGGACCAAAGUUUUUUUGGAAUCCGAAGAAAUGUUCAAAAGCCACCCACGGACCCCCGGACCCCCCACACCCAAUGCUAAUCCCACCCUAACAAUGAGUAUAUAGCAUCAGUUCUCUAUAUUUGACAUGUAGCAGUGGCUCGGAGUAUUGUUUCUUCAUCCUAUGUAAUGUAUUCUCAGGGAAUUUGGUGAUGUUUUUUUCCCCCGUUGUUCAGAUAAAUUAGUCAUUGAAGUUGUUAGGUUUAUGUCCCAUCCUGAUAGUACCAGGUUCUGACCACUAGAUGGUGCUGUUCCAGGUGAUGUUAAAGGGAUAGGCCUAGUUCACCCACAUUUUUAAAUGACAUUGGUUUCCUUACCCUGUAAGCAGUUUAUGGACACAAGGUAUGACAGCAAUCCAUGCUUUGGUUUUGUUGUCUACUGUUUCAAAUACUAACUCUUUAGCAUUUGUAGCACAAAUCCAAUGCAAGUCAAUGGUACCUAUAUUAGCAUUUACAUAUCUAAAAAUUGAUUGUGUAACUCAAUGAUGUUGCUUAUAGAUGAAAUGCUAAUAUAGGUACAGUUGACUUGCAUUGGAUAUGUGCCACAAAUGCUAAAAAGUUAGCAUUUGAAACAGUGGCCUGCUAAACAAAACCAAACCAUGGGUUGCUGUCAUACAUUUACAUUUAAGUCAUUUAGCAGACGGUCUUAUCCAGAGCGACUUACUAAUUGGACCUUGUCCAUAAACUGCUUACAGGGUAAGGAAGCCAAUGUCAUUUUGAAAUGUGGGUGAACUAACCCUUUAAAGAGCCACUGAACAUGCUGAUUGGCAUGUGUUUUUCUGUUGCUCAUUAGAAAAAUGAGAUUUCAGUCUUGGAGGUGUGUUUACCCACCGAUUCCGCAUUUAGUUAAUGUUUGUCCCCCAUGAGACACUGUAGAUGCCGAAGCCAAUUUCACUUCCUCAAAAUCCCCACAAUGAAUCUAAGAUAACACAAGAAAUCUGUAAUAAAUGUUGACAUUUUUGCCACGGCUGUUUUAGUUGCACUUUUACAUCUAACUAAGGUGUUUGGUGCAUUAUUUCUCAAGUAAAAAAAAAAGUGUGACGUGUUGUCUUAUGUAAACAAAGUUGGAGCUGCUUGGCAGGUCUUUCUCACUGUCUACUAUUGGAUAGAGAGCAAUCACCAGAGCUGUUCACCCCAUGUUAGUUGGCAAAUGGAUAUCGUCAAAUCAAAACCGAACCUUAAUUUACAUGUUGAGACGCACGGAUAUUCCAAACUCCAUUUUAGACGAGACUGACUUUAUUUUGACACAAAUUAUCCUAUUUACACUUUGUAGUCAAUUUUGACACUAGAAUAACAGUUUCUGACUCGAUUUGAUGCCACAUAGGCCUUUUUCAAAGGGAUUUGUUGCUUUUUAAAGGCAGUCGCUCUUUAACAUUGAGGGUGGAUUAUUUUAUUAUUAUUUUGACCUAACAGCAAGAACAGCACCAUCUAGUGGUCAGAACCUGAUAAUAUCAGGAUGUGAGAUGGGCCAUAAACCUAACAACUUCAAAGACAAAUGUAUCUGAACAGGGAAAGAAAACAUCACCAUAUUCACUGAGGAUACAUUACAUAGGAUGAAGAAAUAAUUCUCAGCUGCAGCUCCAUAUUACUUGUCAGACAUAGAAAACUGAUACUGUAUACUCGUCGUUGAGGUGGGAUUGAUGUGAGGGGUCCAUGGGUGGCUUUUGACCAUUUCUUUGGAUUCCCCAUGUCUUAGUCAUUGUUAGGAAAAGGUUUGGUCCAAAUUAAAUGUUAGGUACUAUAUUUAUUGAAUAUUAUAUUAAUCCUUAUCCUAUAAAUUAAAAUGGCCAAUUUGGGUGCAAACAAUUAGCUUAAUUUCUCAGAGAUAAAUUAUAUUUCAACAAAAUAAUGUUGCAGUAAUGCUAAUCUGAUCUGUUUCUAACUACAGACAUGAUUUCAGAACAAUCUGAGAUGGUGGGUGUCAUGGCUUGCUGAAAUGACAUGGAAUGACCCUGUGGAGAAGAAACAUUCCCCAAACCAUCAUGGAUUAAACAGUGUGCUCCUCUAUUUGAACAACAUUCUUGGUGGAAACUGUGAAAAUUAAGUUGUCCUUUGAUAACAAGUCUAGAAACAAGGUACCCUAUCAGUGUUUUUAUGCAUUCACUGAGUGCAUUUCCUGUGAAAUUCCUAUGUGGACUUUUUUGUAGGUAAUUGAUGAGCUGUCAAGCUGCCUUUAGAAGAGGGAGUUACAGCUGCUGUCAAUCAGCAAAGACAAGGCCAGGCUGGAGGAAGAGUGUGACAACCUUAAAGAGUGAGUAUAAAGAUCUUGCCAUUGGGUAAAACCCAUGUCUGAAAAUGCAUUGUAAGAGCAGAAAGGAGCAUUCUCUAAACACACCUAUGGAAAUAUACUGAACAACAAUAUAAACGCAACAUGUAAAGUGUUGGUCCCAUGUUUCAUGAGCUGAAAUAAAAGAUCCCAGAAACUUUCCACAAAUUUGUUUACAUCCCAGUUAGUGAGCAUUUCUCCUUUGUCAAUAUAAUCCAUCCACCUGACAGGUGUGGCAUAUCAAAAAGCUGAUUAAACAGCAUGAUCAUAACACAGGUGCACCCUGUGUUGGGGACAAUAAAAGGCCACUCUAAAAUGUGCAGUUUUGUCACACAACACAAUGCCACAUAUGUCUCAAGUUUUGAGGGAGCGUGCUGACUGCAGGAAUGUCCACCAGAGCUGUUGCCAGAUAAUGGAAUGUUCAUUUCUCUACCAUAAGCCGCCUCCAACAUUGUUUUGGAGAAUUUGGCAGUACGUCCAACCGGCCUCACAACCGCAGACCACGUGUUACCAUGCCAGCCCAGGACCUCCACAUCUGGCUUCUUCACCUGCGGGAUCAUCUGAGACUAGCCACCCGGACAGCUGAUGAAACUGUGGGUUUGCACAAACAAAGAAUUUCUGCACAAACUGUCAGAAAGCAUCUCAGGGAAGCUCAUCUGCGUGCUUGUCGUCUUGACCUGACUGCAGUUCGGCGUCGUAACCGACUUCAGUGGGAAAACGCUCACCUUCGAUGGCCACUGACAUGUUGGAGAAGUAUGCUCUUCACGGAUGAUUUCCGGUUUCAACUGUACAGGACAGAUUGCGUGUAUGGGGUCAUGUGGGUGAGCGGUUUGCUGAUGUCAACGUUGUGCCCCAUGGUGACGGACAACGAACACAAUUGCAUUUUAUCAAUGGCAAUUUGAAUACACAGAGAUACGGUGAUGAGAUCCUGAGGCCCAUUGUCGUGCCAUUCAUCCGCCGCCAUCACCUCAUGUUUCAGCAUAGCAUGACAAUGCAUGGCCCCAUGUCGCAAGGAUCUGUACACAAUUCUUGGAAGCUGAAAAGGUCCCAGUUCUUCCAUGGCCUGCAUACUCACCAGACAUGUCACCCGUUGAGCAUGUUUGGGAUGCUCUGGAUCAGCGUGUACGACAGCGCGUUCCAGAUUCCGCCAAUAUCCAACAACUUUGCACAGCCAAGGAGUGGGACAACGGCAACCGUCUGAGUAACUCUAUGCGAAGGAGAUGUGUUGCGCUGCAUGAGGCAAGUGGUUGUCACACCAGAUAUGAAAUGGUUUUCUGAUCCACGCCCCUACCUUUUUUUAAAGGUGUCUGUGAACAACAGAUGCGUAUCUGUAUUCCCAGUCAUGUGAAACCCAUAGAUUAGGGCCUAGUUAAUAUGUUUCCAUUGACUGAUUUCCUUAUAUUAACUGUAACUGUAAAUUGUUGCAUGUUGUGUUUUAUAUUUUUGUUCAGUGUGUAUUGCAUGGUCUAUAUUAGAAUAGCCUAAAUAAAUAAAUUGCCAAUUUUGUCCUUUUGGUUGAGUCUAUGGAAAGGUAUGGUGUAUGGAUAAGGAUGGUCCUUUGUGUGUGUCACAGUGAGGUGAUUGGUCUUAAAGAGGAGAGUUCCAGUGUUCAGUCUCUGAAGGGGUUCACCCAGCGCAUCGCAGACACAGAGAGGAAAGCCCAGCUAGCAUGCAAGGAGAGAGACAUUGCCAAGAAGGUAAAACACAAGCUAAGAACUAACACAUUCCUUAAGAACUAAUUUAAGAUAAUUGAUUUAUAUAACUGAACAUUAUUGACAAUGAUAGUUACAUAAAGAAAAAAAAAACCUUCUUCAAGCAUACUCUCUCAAGUCUUUGUACUGUUAUGUUUCCUCCAUAGGAGUUUAAGGGGAUGAGGGAAGAGCUGUCCACCAGACUGAACUCCAACGAGACUAUGGAGAUCAUCAGAGAGAAGGAGGUGCAGAUCCUUGGACUGCUUGAGGAGGGUGAGAAGCUGUCCAAGUAGCAGCUGCAGCACUCCAAUAUCAUCAAGAAGCUGCAUGUGAAGGAGAAGGAGAGUGAGACCAAAAUCACCAAACAGAACAAGAUGCUGAAAGAGCAAGAGCUCAAACACCUACAGCAGGUCAGUGGAAAUAUCUUAAAUUUUAGAAUUUUCUAGAAAAAUCGCAUUACUUCGCAGGCAUCAUAAGUGUGUCCUGAUCCUGAAAGCCCAUUAGUAUCGAACCAUGCCUGGCUGUGUGUGUGUCUGUAGCUUCUUGAUGGGAAGGAGGAGGUGGAGAAGCAGCACAGGGACAACAUUAACAAGCUUAACAUAGUGGUAGAGCACCAGGAGAAGGACAUGACCAAACUCCAGAGUGACUCAGAGGAGCUCCAGGAAAACAAAAAGAGCCUGCAGGCUGCCCUCGACAACUCCUACAAGUAAGAAUACAGUACCAGUCAAAAGUUUGGACACACCUACUCAUUCAAGGGUUUUUCUUAAUUUUGUACUAUUUUUUACAUUGUAGAUGAAUAGUGAAUACAUAAAAACUAUGAAAUAACACAUGGAAUCAUUUAGUAACGAAAAAAGUGUUUAAGAAAUCUUUUUUUUAAAAGAUUCUCUCAACCAGCUUCACCUGGAAUGCUUUUCCAACAGUCUUGAAGGAGUUCCCACAUAUGCUGAGCACUUGUUGGCUGCUUUUCCUUCACUCUGCCGUCCGACUCAUCCCAAACCAUCUCAAUUGGGUUGAGGUCGGGGGAUUGUGGAGGCCAGGUCAUCUGAUGCAGCACUCCAUCACUCUUCUUCUUGGUAAAAUAGCCAUUACACAGCCUGGAGGUGUGUUGGGUCAUUGUCCUGUUGGAAAACAAAUGAUAGUCCCACUAAGCCCAAACCAGAUGGGAUGGCGUAUCACUGCAGAAUGCUGUGGUAGCCAUGCUGGUUAAGUGUGCCUUGAAUUCUAAAUAUAAUCACAGACAGUGUCAUCAGCAAAGCACCCCCACACCAUAACACCACCUCCUCCAUGCUUUAUGGUGGGAACUAAACAUGCGGAGAUCAUCCGUUCACCCACACCGCGUCUCACAAAGACACGGCGGUUUGAACCCAAAAUCUCCAAUUUGGACUCCAGACCAAAGGACACAUUUCCAAUGGUCUAAUAUCCAUUGCUCGUGUUUCUUGGCCCAAGCAAGUCUCUUCUUCUUAUUGGUGUCCUUUAGUAGCGGUUUCUUUGCAGAAAUUCAACCAUGAAGGCCUGAUUCACACAGUCUCCUCUGAACAGUUGAUGUUGAGAUGUGUCUGUUACUUGAACUCUGUGAAGCAUUUAUUUGGGAUGCAAUUUCUGAGGCUGGUAACUCUAAUGAACUUAUCCUCUGCAGCAGAGGUAACUCUGGGUCUUCCAUUCCUGUGGCGGUCCUCAUGAGAGCCAGUUUCAUCAUAGCGCUUGAUGGUUUUUGCGACUGCACUUGAAGAAACUUUAAAAGUUCUUGAAAUGUUCCAUAUUGACUGACCUUCAUGUCUUAAAGUAAUGAUGGACUGUCGUUUCUCUUUGCUUAUUUGAGCUGUUCUUGCCAUAAUAUGAACUUGGUCUUUUACCAAAUAGGGCUAUCUUCUGUAUACCCCACCUACCUUGUCACAACACAAUGGAUUGGGUCAAAUGCAUUAAGAAGGAAAUAAAUUCCACAAAUUAACUUUUAAGAAGGCACACCUGUUAAUUGAAAUGCAUUCCAGGUGACUACCUCAUGGAGCUGGUUGAGAGAAUGACAAGAGUGUGCAAAGCUAUCAUCAAGGCAAAGGGUGGCUAUUUGAAGAAUAUUAAAUAUAAAACAUAUUUUGAUUUGUUUAACACUUUUUUUGGUUACUACAUGAUUCCAUAUGUGUUAUUUCAUAGUUUUGAUGUCUUCACUAUUAUUCUACAAUGUAAAAAAUAGUAAAAAUAAAGAAAAACCCUUGAAUGAGCAGGUGUUGCCAAACUCUUGACUGGUAGUGUACAUACUUCACUCUAACUUGUAAAAUAAUAAAAACUCUACUUUUCCAACUUUUUUCCUGCUUCAGACGUGCUUGUCAUUUAGAAAUCCCACAAAGACACACCAUUCUGACGGGUAAAGACGGUCACAGAAGCACCAACUCAUAUUUCCAAGCCAUGCAGUGACAUGGUGGGGUGUAUGUGUGUGAUCUCAGGGAACUGGCGGGGCUGCACAAAGCCAAGGCCAGCCAUGCCAGCGAGGCCCAGGAGGAUGCUUUGAGCAGGGAGACCCAGGCCAAGGAGGAGCUGGCUCUGACCCUUGUGAAGUCCCAGGAGGAGGCCCGCAUACAGCAGGAUGCUCUGGUCAAUCAGGUGGCUGAUCUACGGCUGGCUCUGCAGAGGGCUGAACAGCAGCAGGCCAGGAAAGAAGACUACCUGAGGGAGGAGAUCAGUGACCACCCGCAGGUAGGAGACACUCACACAUGCCUGUUCUCUUCAUUACUUCUUUGGAGUUGACUGUAAGGCGCAGCCAUGCUUGUGUGAUAGGGGUCAAAGGUUACACACUGAUGUGUUUACCGGUUGUGUCUAUAGAGACUGCAGGGGGCGGAGACCAGGAACCAGAAGCUGAGUCAGAUUGUUACCUCGGCAACACGGCCCCUGCUCAGACAGAUCGAGAACCUGCAGGCUUCGCUGGGGAGCCAGACGGCGUCAUGGGAGGAGCUAGAGAAGAGCAUUUCAGAUCGACUAGGUGAGAACAGAUGUCUCUGAUGUCAAAAGUUACUUUAGUUUGUAACAACAGCUUUCUAAGUCUUGUCAGGACCAGAUUGCUCCCACCCUUUAACUCAACAGUGGAGGCACAGGCCCAGCUGGCCAUUGCCUUGGAAAAGGAGCGAACAGCAACUGAGGAGCUUCUGGCCAUUAAGGCCCAGCUGGUCUCACUGGAGUCCCAGAAUUCCCUGCUUCGCCAGGAGAAAGGGCGUCUCCACGGUCAGCUGGACGCAGAGAAGAUCAGGCGGGAGAAACUGGAUGACAGAAGCAGGUAGUGGAGGUCUUCCUGAAUACAAAGUGAUAUGUUUGGAGCAAAUCCUAUACAACCCAUUACUGAGUACCACUCUCCAUAUUUUCAAGCAUACAAUGCCUUGCAAAAGUAUUAUCCCCUUUGUAGUUUUUUAUUUUGUUGCAUUACAACCUGUAAUUUAAAUGGAUUUUUAUUUGGAUUUCAUGUAAUGGACAUACACAAAAUAGUCCAAAUUGGCGAAGUGAAAUUAAAAAAAUAACUUGUUUCAAAAAAUUCUAAAACAUCAAUAAUGGAAAAGUGGUGUGUGCAUAUGUAUUCACCCCCUUUGCUAUGAAGCCCCUAAAUAAGAUCUGGUGCAACCAGUUACCUUCAGAAGUCACAUAGUUAGUUAAAUAAAGUCCACCUGUGUGCAAUCUAAGUGUCACAUGAUCUGUCACAUGAUCUCAGUGUAUAUAUACACCUGUUCUGAAAGGCCCCAGAGUCUGCAACACCACUAAGCAAGGGGCACCACCAAGCAAGCGGCACCAUGAAGACCAAGGAGCUCUCCAAACAGGUCAGGGACAAAGUUGUGGAGAAGUACAGAUCAGAGUUGGGUUAUACAACAAUAUCCAAAACUUUGAACAUCCCACGGAGCACCAUUAAAUCAUUAUAAAAAAAUGGAAAGAAUAUGGCACCACAACAAACCUUCCAAGAGAGGGCCGCCCACCAAAACUCACGGACCAGGCAAGGAGGGCAUUAAUCAGAGGCAACAAAGAGACCAAAGAUAACCCUGAAGGAGCUGCAAAGCUUCACAGCGGAGAUUGGAGUAUCUGUCCAUAGGACCACUUUAAGCCGUACACUCCACAGAGCUGGGCUUUACGGAAGAGUGGGCAGAAAAAAGCCAUUGCUUAAAGAAAUAAAUAUGCAAACGUUUGGUGUUCGCCAAAAGCCAUGUGGGAGACUCCCCAAACAUAUGGAAGAAGGUACUCUGGUCAGAUGAGACUAAAACUGAGCUUUUUGGCCAUCAAGGAAAAUGCUAUGUCUGGCGCAAACCCAACACCUCUCAUCACCCCGAGAACAACAUCCCCAUAGUGAAGCAUGUCACUGGUGGCUGCAUCAUGUUAUGGGUAUGUUUGUAAUCAUUAAGGACUGGAGUUUUUCAGGAUGAAAAAGAAACGGAAUGGAGCUAAACACAGGCAAAAUCCUGAAAUAAAACCUUUUUCAGUCUGCUUUCCACCAGACACUGGGAGACGAAUUCACCUUUGAGCAGGACAAUAACCUAAAACCCAAAUCCAAAUCUACACUGGAUUUGCUAACAAAGAAGACAGUGAACGCUCCGGAGUGGCCGAAUUGCUUGAAAAUCUAUGACAAGACUUGAAAAUGGUUGUCUAGCAAUGAUCAACAACCAAUUUGACAGAGCUUGAAGAAUUUUGAAAAGAAUAAUGGGCAAAUAUUGUACAAUCCAGGUGUGCAAAGCUCUUAGACACUUACCCAGAAAGACACAGCUGUAAUCGCUGCCAAUGGAGAUUCUAACAUGUAUUGACUCAGGGAUGUGAAUACUUUUGUAUAUGAGAUAUUUCUGUAUUUCAUUUUCAAUAAAUUUGCUAAAAUUUCUAAAAACAUGUUUUCACUUUGUCAUUAUGGGGAAUUGUGUGUAGAUGGGUGAGAUGUUGUAUUUAUUUAAUCAAUUUUGAAUUCACGCUGUAACACAACAAAAUGUGGAAUAAGUCAAGGGGUAUGAAUACAAAGCUUUGAAGCCUUUCCAUUAAUGGCCAUUUUUUGUAAUCCUGAUGGUGUAGGGAGCAUGUGGAGCUGGAGAAUCUGAGGGGAGAGCACAUUCGAACACAGGAGGAGGCCAAGAAGGAGAAGGUAUGUUCCUUCCCCUGCCCUACUCACCCUGCAGUAACGUAACAACACUCCUCACACAUCCUCAGAGCCUGGUUUCUUCCUAGUUUCCUGCCUUUAUAGGGAGUUUUUCCUAGCCACUGUGCUUCUAUAUCUGCAUUGUUUGGGGUUUUAGGUUGGGUUUCUGUAUAGCACUUUGUGACAUCUGCUGAUGUAAAAAGGGCUUUAUAAAUACAUUUGAUUUGAUUUAACCUCCUCUGUUCCUCCCACCAGCUACUCCUGACCAAUCAGCUGGAGAUGGAAAAAAUGAAGGUGGAGCAAAAGAAGAAAUGCUAUCUAGCACAAGAGGCCCUCAAGGAAAAGAUAGAUAUAUUUAUUGAUUUAUGUUCUAUAUCAAUGACCAGCCUUGUAUGUCUGUUCUUAAAUCAGUCUGUGUUGAAAGAAAAUGACAUGAUGUGUAUGUUUCUCUGUCAUAAGGAGCGGAAGUCAUUAGUUCAGUCUGUGGGUGAGCCCCCAGCCUUAUCUACCCCCUCCCUGUCCCAUUCCAGCUCCAUCAGUGGGGUAGACCACACCUGCCUGCACUCCUCCUUCCCUCAGGUACUCGCCACAGGCACACUGUUUACCCUUUCGCACCCAGCCAACCUCCCAUUUUUUGCCCAGAAUUAGGGCUGGUGACCUCAGUAAAAUGAAUAGGGAACUUAUGGCAAAGGGCCUAAUCAGAGCUAGUUUGCAUAUUUGUCUCUCUUGAGGUUGGAUGGUUAACAAGAGAGACCUGUUUUGUAUUUAUAAUAAUAAAUAUAUUGUAUUUCAUCAGCAGGACUCUCUGGAUCAGUCGUUGGGGACGAUGACCAUGUCCAUGUCUUUGAGUGGGACCAACCUGUAUGAGACGGCUCGGCUCAGUGGAGGCUCCAACAUCAUCGAGAACCUGCAGUCCCAGCUUAAACUCAGAGAGGGAGAGAGCGCAGCUACAGGUACCAGCUGCCUGCCUGACACUGCUUUGACAUUGCUUUGAGGACUACCAUUGGAAGAGUGUCCUACGUGCAUUUCUUCAAAUGCCUUCUAGUUUUCGAUUAAGUGUCUGAUUUACAAAUAUACUUUCUGAUGGUUGUUGAAAAACUAUGCUUGCCAGGAUCUUACCUCUUUCUUUCCCUCGCUCUCUUUCUUUCUCUCUCGUCACCCCCCUCAGCUGGAGAUCUCUAGUCUGGAGAGGACUCGCUCUUCCAUGGCUGAGGAGAUGGUCAGAUUGACCAAUCAGAUUGAGGAGAUGGAGGUCAGUGCGAAGGAGAACCCCAAACUGAAAGUGCAACUUCAGGUGAGGAGAGGAUAAAUUCAUACAAGUACCACUAAGCCAGUUGAAUCGUAUUAGGGUAAAUCCCUGUUGUGAUUAUUUAGCUUAAAACCAAGAUGUUAUGUGAGAACUAACAUCUCACAAGAUAAAUUGCUGGCCAGAGAUGUAUAACCAUCUAGUCACAGAUGAAGGAAAGUCCACUAGAGUAAACCUUCUUGAGACUAGAGAUCUAGUGUUGACCUCUGAGCCUGUGUUGUGUGACUGACUGUGUUUUAGGAGCUGGAGCAGAGACACAACACCAUCCUCCAGAUGUAUGGAGAGAAGGCUGAGGAGGCAGAGGAGCUGAGUCUUGACCUGGAGGACGUCAAGAACAUGUACAAAACCCAGAUUGACAAACUGCUCAAAAAACAGAAAUAG